GAGCCCAAAGACUUUGUCAGCGUCGAAGUUCCGUCUAGACAGACCAUCCUCCUUCCAGAUGAGGACUUAUCCAUUCGUUUCACCGGUUAUCGCACUGAUCAGCUACGUCGCUUCAUCUGGCUCGCAGGGUGUGUCUGUACCUUUGGUGGGCUUGGUCUACUCGGACGGUGGACCCCCUCGAUCUGGGUAAAGUUUUGCGGUCGCGAAGUGUCUUUCGAAGAUGCAAAACAAGGUGCAUGGGUCAUGGUGGAGACUCCAUAUGGCGACUUACACAUCAUCCCUUUGCAAAUAAUUCCUUACCCUUAUCCUCUCUCGACGGUAUUCCCACAACAUGUGCCACCAGGGACUGCAGCAUCCCGCGAUGGCUCGAUCCGUGGUCCAAGCAGCUCUACCGGACUGCCAGCUCCCCCAACUCAUGCUUUGGCUGGUGAACCGCCAGGAGGUGUGGGCGCUGCAAAGGAUUUGACGAUGGACGUGGAACGAGGCAAGACGACUUGGGAGGAGACGAUGGGUUUCCUCAAAAUUAUGGAGUAUCGGUACACUAGAUUCGCCCUCGAACCCGGCACCGGCCGUUGGGCGAUGAUCAGAGACUGGCGAGACCCUCGCUGGACUUCAGCGCGGACAGUUGCGCAAGGGUUGGACGAUAACACUCGAAUUCAGCGACGUUUGCUGAUGGGCUCAAACGUCAUCGACAUUGCGAGCAAGUCCAUCUGGUCUUUACUCGUCGAUGAGGUUCUCCACCCUUUCUACGUCUUUCAAAUCGCAUCGAUUAUCUUAUGGUCAUUCGACGACUACUAUUAUUAUGCCUUUGCCAUCGCCCUCAUCAGUAUAUCCAGUAUUUUGAACACGCUUAUCGAGACGAAGCGUACAAUUGAGCGCAUGCGGGAGAUGUCCAAGUUCAAUUGCGAUGUCAGGAUCCUCGUUGAUGGAGAGUGGAUCACAACUGACUGCUCGGAAAUGGUACCGGGUGACAUUUUCGACGCUUCGGACCCCACAUUGACCGUAUUUCCCUGUGACGCGCUUCUCCUCUCAGGAGACGCCAUCGUGAACGAAUCCAUGCUCACUGGCGAGUCUGUUCCGGUUUCAAAGAUCCCAGUGAAGGACGAAAGUCUACGUGCCAUGUCUCGCGAAGCCAAGCAAGGAUCAUCCGAGGUCGCAAGCGACAUGGCGAAGCACUACCUGUUUUCUGGGACUAAGAUAAUCCGGGUUCGAGCAGGUGGCAAACCGCCUUGGGCACCGAAGAGCGAAGAGCCGGUCGCCUUGGCCAUGGUGACUCGUACAGGCUUCGACACGACCAAGGGGGCUUUGGUCCGCUCCAUGCUCUUUCCCAAGCCCAUGGGCUUCAAAUUUUACCGAGACUCUAUGCGAUUCAUUGGAGUUUUGACGAUCAUUGCUGGAUUUGGAUUCGCAGUUUCUGCCGUCCAGUUCAUCCGAAUUGGCAUUGCUUGGCACACCAUCAUGUUGAGAGCCUUGGAUCUUAUCACUAUUGUUGUGCCUCCUGCUUUGCCCGCCACUCUCACCAUCGGUACCACCUUUGCCAUUGACCGUCUCCGGAAGAACAGCAUCUUUUGCAUUUCGCCAAAUCGUGUCAACAUCGGUGGCAAGAUCAAUGUCUGCUGCUUUGACAAGACAGGAACAUUGACAGAAGACGGUCUGGAUGUCCUCGGCGCUCGAACAGUAGAUUUACAAGAUCGUCGAUUCUCCGAAUUGCACAGCGAGGUGUCGGAGAUCCCAAACAAAGGCGGGUCCAGCGGCAAAACCCCCCUUCUGCAUGCUCUGGCGACAUGUCAUGCUCUGAAACUUAUUGAUGGAGAAGUCAUCGGUGAUCCUUUGGACAUCAAGAUGUUUGAAUACACUGAAUGGACCCUAGACGAGGGCCAAUCUCGACCGGUCACGACUAAAGGUGGCGGAGGGGAGCGGCCCCUCGCACUUGUCCAAACGGUUGUCAGACCACCUGGAUCCCAAAAGUGGAGAGUCGAGGAUGCAAUGAAGACUGGAGUCAAGCACGCUCACUUUCUCGAACUCGGUGUCAUUAGGACAUUCGACUUUGUAUCUGCGCUUCGAAGAAUGAGUGUCAUUGUCAAAAAAUUGAAGUCGAACAGCAUGGAGGUCUACGUCAAGGGCGCUCCCGAAGUCAUGCCGGAGAUAUGUGAUCCGUCAUCUUUUCCUCUCGAUUACGAUGACAUGCUGUCAUACUAUACCAGAAAUGGUUUCCGAGUCAUUGCGAUUGCGGGCAAAUCCAUCGAGGGACUCACUUGGCUCAAGGCUCAACGUAUGAGGCGCGAAGGGGCUGAAUCUGACCUACAAUUCCUCGGCUUUAUCGUUUUCGAGAACAAGCUCAAACCUGGAACCGCACCAAACAUCCACAUUCUUCGAGCUGCGCAUUUAGCGUGCCGUAUGGUUACGGGUGAUAAUGUUCGAACCGCCAUCAGUGUAGCUAGGGAAUGCGGACUAGUGUCGCAUUCGGCCAGUGUAUACAUUCCGACAUUCAUUCCGGGGACUGGGACGGCAGAUGGUGCACGAAUCAACUGGUCGAGUGUAGACGACGAUGACCAGUGUUUGGACGAAUUCACCUUGCGACCUGUAAUUGCCCAGACUGAUGGUUUCGCAUUGGAGACUGGCGAGAUGGAACUAAAUGAUUAUCAAUUGGCCGUGACGGGUGAUGUUUUCAAAUGGAUGCUAGAGUAUGCAGAGCCAGAGACAAUGGAACGGAUGCUCACCAAAGGCGUCAUUUUCGCUCGAAUGUCUCCCGAUGAAAAGGCGGAACUAGUUGAACGAUUGCAAGCACUCGGAUACACGGUCGCGUUUUGCGGAGAUGGCGCAAACGACUGUGGUGCUCUGAAAGCUGCCGACGUCGGUGUAUCUUUGUCGGAAGCAGAAGCCUCGGUCGCUGCACCCUUCACUAGUCGAUCUCCAGACAUAUCCUGUAUGGUCGACGUUAUCAAGGAGGGUCGAGCUGCCUUGGUCACCAGUUUCAGCUGCUUCAAAUACAUGGCUUUGUAUUCUAUGAUUCAAUUUACGACCAUCACUCUACUGUACUCGUUCGCUUCGAGUCUGGGUGAUUUCCAAUUCUUAUACAUUGAUCUAUUCGUCAUCAUUCCGGUGGCAGUUGCCAUGGGGCGGACACUGCCAUACCCAAAAAUUCACCCCAAGCGCCCUACAGCCAGCUUGGUGUCCCGGAAGGUUCUUACCAGCAUCAUCGGACAGAUCGUCAUCAAUGGACUGUUCCAGAUCAUAGUGUUCAUCUGGGUCAGGCGGGAGCCAUGGUACACUGCACCUGAUGAGAACAAAGACAAGCUCGAAACGUUCAACUACGAGAACACGACUUUGUUCCUUGUCUCUUGUUUCCAGUAUAUCCUGGUAGCAGGCGUCUUCAGUGUCGGUCCGCCGUAUCGUAAACCAAUCUACACGAAUCUGUCAUUGGUCCUCUGCCUACUUGGUCUUGGAGCGUUCAGCACCUAUGUCCUCGUCGCCCCCGCCAAGACUAUCGCUUUGAUUCUCGACAUCAUUGAGAUCCCCAUGCAAUUCAAGAUUGAGCUCUUAAUCAUCGUCACUGCCAAUAUAGCUAUCGCCUUUGCAUUUGAGAGCUACGCCGAGAAACCGAUCACUCGAUUGAUUGUUCAGUUCCGCCGGAUGACGAGAAGUCGAAGGAGUCGAAAGGACAGACGGGCAGGGACUGAGAAUCAAUACACAAUCAUUGAUGGUCAUAACAGAGAUAGAUGA